AUGGAUGUUAAAAAACUUUUCAUAUGCAUUUUUCUCAUUUUGGAAGAACAUAAAGGCCAGAGUAUAAUCAGUUCAAGUUAUUUGGAAAAUCUUCUAACAUACAUCAAUGAAGUUGGGAAUAUGGAAUUAAUUGAAAAUAACGAAGCUAUAGCCACAACAAUUUCUGUGCACUCUCAUCAUCUGUCGAAACUUCUGAAUACCAUAGCCGAAUAUUGGAAUAUAACAUCGCUGUAUAUCAUCUACAAUACCAGACUAAUUUCCCAUUAUCCAUAUCAAGAUUUUCUGGAAGAACUUUGUGCGAAUGCUAGCUACCUGGGACAACUACCAAGAAUGGCUAUAAGUAGUCAACACAUCAAAAGCCGUUUGAUUAUGGAUAAUGGUUUUCGCGAAUCUUCUUUGGUAUUGACUCUGAUGCAUAGUCCCCAUGACAGAGUGUUGGAGACGACUGCUUAUGCAACACGCUAUAAAAGAUACUGUUUUACCAUCUAUCUCCUGCAUCUAUUUCCCUUAUCUAAAGAGGAUAUGAGUUUUCUGUUUGAAAAGUUAUGGCGUUAUCAAUUGCGUCGUCCUUUGGUAAUAUCAAAUGGAGGCGAUCUCCUCACCAUGGACCCAUACCCCAAAUUGAGAAUUGUGAAUGUCACCAAUGAAAAUGUAACGCAGUAUUUCCCCAAGAUUGCUAAUACACGAGAUUUUAAAGGUUACAUCCUAAAUGUGCCAGUGCAAGCUGAUGUACCCUUUACUUUGGUCUAUAGGAAUCCAAAAACCUCAGAGUAUGAAAUGGAUGGCAUUGGAGGAUGGGUGGUAACGGGACUCAUGAAGCGAUUAAAUGUUACCUUGAAUGUGUAUCCCUUGAAUUGGAAUAACUCCGACUAUUUGUAUCUUACUCACAUUUAUGAUCUGCUAUUGAGUGGAGAGAUUGAGUUAAGUCCACACAUGUUCACCACCAUAGUUCAAAGGGAUCUGGACUAUUCUUAUCCCUAUGUGAGCAGUUCUGUAUGUGUUAUGGCCCCAGUGCCUAAGAAGAAAACCAUCAAUCUAUUGGGAUUUUUGGAUUGGACUUUGUGUUUGUUCUUGCUGCUGAUGGUGGCUGUCAAUGAGAUUAUUUGGAAAAUUUAUUGGCAUUAUCGCUCAAGAAUGCAUCUUUCCAGACCAUUUCUGCCUUAUCGUUCUUUAUAUGUGAUUUUUUUAUUUCUUGGUAUACCAUUGCCAUCCUGGAGUGUACCCACCAUAAGGCGCUUACGUUUUUGCUCCUUUAUUAGAAUUUUGCUUAUUUAUUUUCUCCUAACGUACUGUGGUAUGUACAUAUCCCAAAUUUUCUCCUCCAACCUUAGCUCAUUUCUGACAGCGAGUUUUUUGAAGAGUCCCUCAUUUCAUUUGGACAAUAUAUUCGAAAGUGAAGUGCCUUUGAUGCUGGGUUACAACAUGGCAAAUACUUUAAAGCAGCGUUAA